AUGGAUGAGAUUGCAAAGGAGUACGAUGUCAUUGUGCUGGGCACAGGUCUGACCGAAUGCAUUCUCUCUGGUGUGCUCAGUGUCAAGGGCAAGAAGGUCCUGCAUAUCGACCGCAAUGACCACUACGGCGGUGAGGCUGCCUCUGUCAACCUCGAGACUCUCUUCAAGAAGUAUGGCAACUACAGCCAAGGAGACGAGCCAUGGAAGAAAUACGGACGCCCCAACGACUGGAACAUCGACCUCAUCCCCAAGCUGCUCAUGUCCUCGGGCGAGUUGACCAACAUCCUCGUGUCCACCGAUGUCACCAGAUACCUCGAGUUCAAGCAGGUCGCAGGGAGCUACGUGCAACAGGGCUCUGGGCCCAAGGCCACCGUCGCCAAGGUCCCAUCCGAUGCCGGCGAGGCCCUCAAGUCGCCCCUUAUGGGCAUCUUCGAGAAGCGCCGCAUGAAGAGCUUCAUUGAAUGGGUUGGCACCUUCGAUGUCAAAGACCCCUCCACACACAAGGGUCUUGACUUGAGCACAUGCACAAUGAAGGAUGUGUACGACAAGUUCGGCCUCGAGGACGGCACCAAAGACUUCAUUGGCCAUGCUAUGGCCCUGUAUCUCGACGACACAUAUGCCACCAAGAAGGGCACCGCCCCCGAGGCCAUUGAGCGUAUCCGCCUGUACGGCAACUCGGUGGCCCGGUACGGAAAGUCCCCCUACAUCUACCCUCUGUACGGACUCGGCGAGCUGCCCCAGGGCUUUGCUCGUCUGUCUGCCAUCUACGGCGGCACCUACAUGCUGAACACCAGCGUUGACGAGGUGCUGUACGAGGGUGAAGCGGCCGUCGGUAUCAAGGCCACCAUGUCUGGCAUCGAGCCUGAGAUGAAGUUCGAGACCAAGGCCAAGAUGAUUCUUGGCGACCCAUCCUACUUUCCCAACAAGGUCAAGGUCACGGGCCAUGUGCUGCGUGCUAUCUGCGUGCUCAAGCACCCCUUGACGGGCACCAACGACGCCGACUCGGCACAGCUGAUCAUCCCUCAGUCUCAGGUCGGCCGGAAGAACGACAUUUACAUUGCCUGCGUUUCUUCCGCGCACAACGUCUGCCCCAAGGGCUACUGGAUUGCCAUCGUCUCCACCAUCGCUGAGACAUCCGCAAACCACCACCUGGAGCUCCAGCCCGGUCUGGAGCGCCUCGGCAAGAUCGAGGAGCAGUUCCUGGGAGCCCCCAUCCCCUUGUACGAGCCCCUGGACAACGGCACCAAGGACAAGAUCUACAUCUCCAAGAGCUACGACGCCACGAGCCACUUCGAGACCACAACCGAUGACGUCAAGGACAUUUACCGCCGGUGCGCGGGUGAGGAGCUCAAGGUGGAGGGUCUGCGGGAGGGUAUCCAGGUUGCUGAGGAGUAA